AUGAUUUUCUCGGCCGUGCUGCUCUUGUCGGUCAUUUCAACGGCGUGGGCUGCUGACAAGCACUUGAUUCCGACCUCCGCCUCCUCGACAUUUCCCUUAUGUGGUCUUUCGUGCUCGGAGCUCUACGCCGCUCAGGAUAGCUGUACCGCCAAUGCGGACUCGUCCACCUGGGUUUCGUGCUUCUGCCAGUCCUCAUUCGUUUCAAACUUGAAAACAUCCGGUGCCGUCUGUUCCAACUGCGACGCCUCUGAUCAAGCCCUGGUCUCGACGUGGUAUAGCAACUACUGCAGCUCGGGAGGAACCACCACCAGCACCACCUCAUCGGCCACCUCUUCGUCCACCUCCACUGCGACAGCGGCCUCCAGCUCGUCAAAGUCGUCUACCUCUGCUACCAAUGGGAAUCAAUCCUGGUGGAGCACCCAUUACCAAUGGGUGAUCAUGCUGAUCGUCCUCGCUAUCGGCUUCAGUGUCAUCGCUGCGGUCGGAGUCUGGUUCAAACGCCGCUACGACGCCAAACGACCCGGUCUAUAUCACGGUGGUACAGCAGAGGCCAGCAGUAGCGGCGCCCUCCGUGGCGGGAACUCGGGUGUCCUGAGUCCUGUGCCUGUGGGAGGCUAUGCUUCUUCGGCACCGAACCAGUCGCCCAACUUCGGUGAAGACUCGGUGGCCAGCAGUUCGCAUACUGACAUUGCACCUAAGGGUGCCCUUGCGCCGGGGAGUCGAACGCGCUUGCAAAAGACUGGCCAGUCGCCCGCUGCAGAUGUUGAAAUUCGGCAAAUUUCGCGCCAGUGA